CUUAGAUAUAGUUACUACUAUCAGUAUGACCUUAAGUCUCAUUAAUCUCAUUCGUUGGCAAAUGAUAUGACUUGCGCACUUUCAGACUGACCAGAAAGAUGGAUUCUGUUUCAUUAUCCUCGUUAUCCAGCCUCUCCACAUACCAGAAGUCCUCUCUUGAAAAGGGAGGAUACAAAAGUUUAUCAGACCUCUUACUCAGUACGCCGAGUGACAUCUCGCGUACGUCGCGCAUUGCCCCAUUAGAGGUUGCCAGAAUUCUCGAGGCUGCAUGUCGAGAACGGGCAGUGUCCAUCAACAAAAUCAAAGACCUGCCGCCGGAAGGCGAAGAGAAGUUCACGACGGGAGAUGCUGAACUAGAUGGUAUGUUAGGUGGUGGAAUUAGAACAGGAAUGCUUUGGGAAGUUGUAGGUGAAAGUGCUGCGGGCAAGACACAGUUAGCCCUUCAACUCUCGCUGCUUGUUCAGCUCCCUUCUAGGUUAGGAGGUAUUCUAGGAUCCGCUUUUUAUCUGACGGUUGCGUCGCAACUGCAAACCACACGAAUGGAACAAAUCCUUAAUACCCAUCCACUCUUGUCGCCUUCACUGUGUUCUUUCGCAAAUAUACAACACGCAUCCGUUCCCACUAUCGAAAAACUCAUUUUUGUCCUGUCUAAAUCUUUGCCGCAAUAUAUAUCUGCAAAUGACCAAAACACAUCAUCAAAACCUCUCAAAUUGAUUGUCAUCGACGCUAUCGCGGAACUCUUUCAUACUUCCAAGAGAACCACCACACAGUUCCUAGUCGAGCGAUCCCGCAGACUAUCUGAAAUAGGGACGCUUUUGCAUUCGCUCGCCAGCAAGCAUCAAAUAGCGGUCCUGGUCCUGAAUGAGGUCAGCGAUACCAUCGACAGGGACAGUGCUCCUUUGGACAGUGGGCAGAUCGGCUACAAAAACCAGUUCCGAUGGUUUGGUCGUGCAGACAUCCUAGGGGAGGGCAGGAAAGAAGCAACGCUUGGUCUAGUCUGGUCGAAUCAGUUGAAUGUCAGAAUAUUUCUCUCACGAACAAGUCGCCGACGAUAUCUUGAAGAGAGCGAGCGCCCAAGGAAAAUUCACGAGUCGAUUUUAGCGACGUCAUCGAAUAAUUCAGCCGGCGACCAAGAACCCGUGCUUAUCAGGCGGCUAACCGUGGUGUUCAGCUCGGUAUGCAAUCCUGCCUCUUGUGACUACAUGGUUACUGCGGAAGGCAUUUCAGUCAUUCCUGGCUCUGUUGUUCUGCUUGCUGUUCGACCUGCGGUAGGCAGAGCUGCACCUUCAGGGAGCGCUGAUGUUUCGACAUCACCUGGUGGGGACUUAACUCAAAUGCGAAACACUCAAGUAGCACCAUUGGAUAUCGGCCAUGUUGUGGAUAGCACAGCAGUUGACAGUAGAUAUUCCACUCCAGACAACGAGCCAGGGGAUGACGAAUGGGACGUUUUCUGGGAACGAAAUGCGUUACCCGAGUGUGUGUUUGAGGAAGCAGCGAAUCUGACUGAGCCCUCCUGAUACCUAAUGUCGUCCGGAACAACCGACCGUUUAUGUAUAUGCUAUUUUUUUAUUAGCCACUGCGAUAUAUACAUGUGUGUAAUAUUCCACCAUAAUGAAACAAUGC